UAAAGAGUUUCUGGUCUGACGAGAGGGGCUUCAGUCCUGCUGUCCGACCAUUGCCGUGAGCCUACCAGGCCCACUGGCUUCGAGAGCAUGAGUGAGCAGGAGAGGGAAACAGAGGAUGAGGAAGGGGGCACUUCAGACACGGCACCUAUGUUACCCCAAAGGCCUCUGGACCACCAGACCCUGACAUGCCCAAGGGGGGCAGGCAGGGUCUCCCAGGGCCUCAGGACCCUGCUCGCUGGGCUCCUGCUUCACCUGCUGCUGCCCGCCGCAGUCUUCCUGCUAGUGUUGCUGCCGACAGCUGCCAUCGUUUACCUGGGAUUCCUGUGCCACUCAAGGGUCCACCCAGCGCCAGGACCCCGGUGCCGUGCGCUGCUCUCGGACCGCGGCUCCUCUGCACUCAUCGUGUUCGGCUUCCUCUCGUUGCCGCCGCUGCUCGUGCUCGCCUCGGCGGGCCGCGCCGCCGCUCGACGCCUCCGCCCGUUGCUGCCGCCCGCAACCUGGACCCCCAGACUCCGCCGCCACCCAGAGUCCAGCGAUGCGGAGCUGGCAGGCCGCCGCCUCGACGGGGAGGAGCAGCUCUGUGCCUGGGUGUGACCCCACAGAGCCCUCUCCUUAGGAUCUGCGGCCUCCACAUCCCGGGAGGUCCCUGAGCGUUCCCCCUCCCGCGACCCCUCAGUGACCCCACACUAGCGAGCUCUGGGUCUGAGUCUACGUCGGAGUCCCGACCCAGGCCUGGGGAAUUAUAUGCCUUCCUCGAGGCUCUGUACCCAGUGCUCCAAGUGGCCGGGAGAUGGCACUCUACUCCCUGGAUCAGGGUCGGCUCUUCCUCAUCCCUUCCCCACCCCGUCUCCUGCUGCGGAGAGGCCUGCAAACAACCAGAGAGGAGACAGAUGGCCCCCACAGCAGCGCAACACCAGGCACCCGAGAAAGGUGGUCUUUUAGGUUUGGAGUUUGGUGGCAGCCCAUGCACUCGCAGAUGUGGUCAGUCAGUGGCCUCCAGCCCUUCCAGUGGUUGUGAGGCUGUCUUGGGCGACAUCGACUUGGCGGAAAGCCCAUGAUUCCAGAAGCUCCACCACUUCCAGCCAGCAGCUGCAAAAGGGCUUGCAGCCUGCGGCCAGGGUCAGGCUUCAGCGCGUGACUGGGGUCAAGAAAGCCAGAGUUCAUCCUGUAACCAAAUUCAGGGCAGGGCUCGCUAGUGACCUGGGUUCCCGUUUAGACAGGCACCAGAGCAGGAGCUCAGUCUAUUCUCUCAGGACGAUUCUAGAUCAUCUCUUUGUCUUUAGUAGCCUGCAGUUUUACCAGCAUGUUUCAGGCUGUGGAUGUGUUUCUUGUUUCUAUGGAUUAAUAUCUUUCAUUAACUCUGGAAAAUUCUCAUCUGUUGUAUCUUCAGUUUUGCCUCUCAUUCAUUCAUACUGUCACCUUUUCCUCUUACCUUCCCUGUCAGUCUUUUAAAAAUGUAUUUAUUUAUUUAUUUUAGA